AUGUACAGGAGGAGAAGCCGGAGUAGAACUUGGGACAUAUGCAGAGUAAAACGCCGGUUUGAGACGGAUCAUCGACCUGGGACUCGGGAGCUGGAGCGGCCAGACGCGGACCCCUGGACGAGCCAGAAAGACCCUGUACAACGCCUGCACAGCGAUAACUGGGAUUGCGUGCGGGUCAGUCUACAGCGGGGCAGUCUACAGCGGGGCAGUCUACAGCGGGGCACAGCGGGGCAGAGGGAGACCGGGAAAAGAGCCAAAUACAACGCUGCAACCCCUACGUGUGAAAGGGACCUCCAAUCAGUGGUGUGGCAGCGGUGGUCGGAGGUGGUGCGGGUCCAGCUGGGGACUAGACCCGGACAGUGGGCUGUGGCAACCUGGGGGCCGCGCUACGUCGCAGUGCACUCCGUGGCCAAAAGGGGGCAGCAUUGGAUAAAAGCUUUCUGUACGUGGCAGGAGAAGGAUGAAGGAGGAACCGGGGACUCUGAUGAUUUGCUCCUAGACCAAUUCAUGGUGGGCCUUCGUCGAGGACUGGUUAAACAAGAGCUUAGCCGACAGCUGCGCCGCCGUGAUGGCACAACAUUCAAGGCCGCCUGCACAGAGGCCCGGGCAUUGGAACAGGAGCUGCAGGUGGAGGAGGAAUCACUGGUUGUCGUGUCACAACUUACGUCCCGCCCAAACAGCCAGUAA